AAAACCCUAUAGCUAAAACGAAGCUGUUUCUUCUAUGGUUUAGUAUAGUACCAACUCACAAGCUACAAAAAAUAAUAUUGAAGAAAGCAUAAGCAUGGCUGGAGAAGAUGACUGGAGGAAAACAGCAGAUACGACAAAGAUGAGCUCGGAGGGAGUGAAAGCCGCCGGUGUUGAGUCAUCAAAGAGGCCACCAGGUAGUAAUCCAGGUGGUGUUCUUCACCAACGCCGUAACUUGCCAUACAGUUACACCACGAUGGCUCUAGCCGGAUUAGCUAUCUCUGGUGCCAUCAUGUACACUGUAAUGUAUGCUAAGAAAAAGCCGGAAGCUACUGCCACUGAUGUAGCUAAGGCUGCCACAGGGACGGCUAAACCCGAAGAUACACAUCCAAGAAAGUAAAAUUUCAAGUGAAGAAUUAAAGGGUUUAUCUUCUU